AUGUUUAAAGUUGUUUCUUCUCUAAGAGGCCGUUGUGCGGUUUUAACAGGGCAGCCUUGCUGUUCACCUGGUUUGGCCAAACUUCACCUGGGAAGUGGUGCAGUAUGUCAGAAAUCAGCCCUCAAAUAUCAUCCUGCAGGCUUGGCAGAGAUGCCCUCAUGCGAUUUCAAACCAGAGGAAUACAAGGGUAUGUCCAAAGAGCGGAUGAUGGAGAUCCGCAGACAGAACUGCAACCCCGUGACCAUGAAGAUUACCUACUAUAAGAAACCAGUGUUCAUCCACCAGGGACACAUGCAGUGGCUGUGGGAUGUGGACGGGAAGCGAUACCUGGAUCUAUUUGCUGGUGUGGCUACUGUCAGUUUGGGCCACUGCCACCCGAAGGUGACAGCAGCCACACAGAGACAGUUGAAGAGACUGUGGCACACUACAAACAUCUACGUCCAUCCUACUCUCCAUGAGUACUGUGAGAAACUAGCGUCCUACUUGCCAGAUCCUCUCAAGGUGAUAUAUCUGACCAACAGCGGCUCAGAAGCCAAUGACCUGGCCAUGCUGAUGGCUCGACUUCACACGGGAAACUUUGACAUCAUCACUUUCAGAGGAUCAUACCACGGUGGCACCCAACAGACCAUGGGUCUUACCUCCAACUCACCAUAUAAAUACCCCGCCGCCACUAGUUUAGGCUGCACACAUACCAUGAAUCCUGAUGUGUUCAGAGGUCCGUGGGGAGGAAGCCACUGCAGAGACUCUCCUGUGCAGACCAUCAGAGACUGUGACUGUGCCCAAGGUCAUUGCAUGGCAAAUGACCAGUACAUUGGACAGCUUAAAGAGACAUUUGCUACGAGUGUCCCAAGUCAAAUUGCUGGUUUCUUUGCAGAGCCGAUUCAGGGAAUGGGAGGAGCUGUGCAGUACCCUAAAAACUACCUCAAGGAGGCUUACAAACUUGUAAGAGAAAGAGGAGGGAUCUGCAUUUCCGAUGAGGUCCAGACUGGAUUUGGGCGAACAGGAAGCCACUUCUGGGGCUUCCAGGGUCACGACGUCGUUCCUGAUAUGGUUACGAUGGCGAAGGGCAUUGGUAAUGGGUUCCCAAUAGGAGCUGUUGUUACAACACCAGAAAUUGCUGCCUCCUUUGGUAAGGCCUUCCACUUCAACACCUUUGGAGGAAGUCCUGUGGCUUGUGCUGUUGCUUCAUCAGUGCUUGACACCAUCAAAGAAGACGGCACACAGCAGAACAGUCUUUAUGUGGGAACCUAUCUGAUGACAGAACUGGCAAAACUCAGAGACAAGUAUGAGAUAAUCGGUGACGUCCGAGGAAAAGGCCUGCAGAUUGGUGUGGAAAUGGUCAAAGACAAGGCCAGCAGAGACCCGCUGCCUCCUGAGGCAAUGAGUGAGAUCUUUGAGGACGUAAAGGACAUGGGAGUCCUGAUAGGGAAAGGAGGACUCUAUGGACAGACCUUCCGCAUCCAACCCCCCAUGUGCAUCACAAAGGAGGAUGUCGAUUUCUUCCUGGCAGUUUUUAACAAGGCCGUCCACGGCUACAUGGACAGAAAAUGA